GGCGGAGAGAGAGAUAGCAAUGCAAACGAAGAUCACUGAUUUCUGCAAAGCUCAACAGUCACCGAACGAAACCCUACCUCAGUAUCUUUCAUGUCCCAUUCAAACGGAAGAUCAUCGCCUCCGUAGUAAAAGUGAAGCUUCUUGCCAAUGGACUGAAUCAGCGUGUUCCUCACAAAGUUCUUUGAAGUCCAUCAUGAGCUUGGCCAAGAACCAGAAGAAAAGGAGAAGAUAUGAUCAACUUCAUUUGGAAUUGGGGCAAUCCGACUUUCUUUUACAUGCAUGUUCCAUUUGUGGGUUCAGUUAUGUCUGUGGUGAUGAAGAGGAUGAGAAAGUUCAUAAAGAAUUUCACAAAGACUUCAUGAUGGGAAUCCAAUUUAAGGGUUGGAAAAAGGAAAGAGUUCUUCAAGUUCCAAAUAAAUCAGUACGCAUAAUUUUAGUAAUGGAUGGUGAUCCACCUGCUCAUACGAAAAAGGUUAAGAAGGUUUUUCAUAUGAUAGAGACUGAACUAGGAAGUACAUUGCUAAUUCAUAAACUCUGCAAGACUUACCUGUACAUCUAUAAUCAGAGGAUUGCUGGGUGUGUUAUUGUUGAGCCAAUAAAAGUUUCGUACAGAAUUCUUCCGGGUAUUAGUAAUGUUGUCAAUGAUAAAACAACAAAGCAAGAACAACCAAAUUCAUCUCUUCUCCAAUUUGGAGGCAUUUGUUUCCAAAGGGAAUCUGUGAAAAAAAGAACUUACCCACCAAAAGUUUCUGAAGAAUUAAGAGAUGUUCUUAUGGGAGCUCUAGUUGUUGGUGAGGAAGCUAUACCAGCAGAAUGUGGAAUUAGAGCUAUUUGGGUUGCGCCCUUUAUGAGGAGGAAACGUAUAGCAAGCCAGCUACUUGACAUUGUCAGGAAAAACUUCUGUGAGGGUUCUUCUUUGCAACCAUCUCAAUUAGCAUUCUCAGAUCCAACCUCAACUGGAAGGGCACUCGCAACAAACUACUGUGGGACUGCAGCAUUCUUGGUUUACAAAAUUGAGUUAUAAUGAUACUGUCACAAUAAUGAUUUUUCACUUUUAAUGACUAGGUAGACACCUUUUUGUAUACAUGGUAUUGUUUACAGAAUUUAUAAAAUUGUUUUGAGUAUGAUAAAUAAUAUAAUAUAGAACAUUGCUUAAUUCACAUUCCAACUGUUUUUUGUGUCUCUUUAUUUUAUAUUCAACAUUAUUGUUCUUGA